GUUUUAAGUUUAACCUCAAAAUUCCCCGGAAUUUUUUAUUUUAUUUUAUCGUGUUUUUGGCUCCCAGUGCAAAUGCCGGUGCCUUGAUUAGAUUGCGGCAUCGAUCGAAUAUCGUGGGAUUUUUCUGCCGGUUUCAUGCCGAAUGCACGUCGAUUUGGAUCCAGGUUUUGAUCGAGUACUUUGAAGAAUAAGGAUUGUUUUCGUGUAGAUUGGAUAAAGACUAGCUUGCAGUCUCUAAGUACUUCGGAGAUUUUUUUUCCUUUAUGCCGAGAUGGUGUCAGUAAAUUUGGGAGUUAUUCAUUAUGUACUGGAUCACAUUUAUGGGGCAUUUCUUCACCGAACCAAAUUAAGCACACCUUUUUUCUCAAGGGGAUGGGGAGGGAGCAAACUCGAUUUGUUGGAGAACAUGGUUAAGCAGAUUUUUCCGGACGCUGCUAUACAGAAUUGGCCACCUAGUCAGGUGCAGCCCAUAUGGAAAACAGUGUGGGAAACCAAAAAUGCACAACUAAGAGAGGGCAUUUUCAGAACUCCAUGUGAUGAGAUGCUGAUCAAUGCAUUACCUCCUGAGAGUCAUACUGCAAGGGUUGCUUUCCUUGCCCCAAAAUUUGUACCGCCGCAGAAGAUGGCCUGUGUGGUUCACUUGGCAGGCACCGGGGACCAUUCAUUUGAACGAAGACUGCGGCUUGGUGGACCAUUAUUGAAAGAGAAUAUAGCAACAAUGGUGCUUGAGAGCCCAUUCUAUGGACAGCGGCGUCCCGUGCUGCAGCGUGGUGCAAAGCUUCAAUGUGUCAGCGACUUGCUGUUACUAGGAAGAGCCACCAUUGAGGAAGCCCGCAGUCUGUUACACUGGUUAGAGGUUGAGGCUGGUUUUGGAAAGACGGGAAUUUGUGGGCUUAGCAUGGGGGGUGUACAUGCUGCGAUGGUUGGGUCUUUACAUCCUACUCCUGUUGCCACGCUGCCAUUUCUAGCACCGCACUCUGCUGUUGUAGCUUUCUGCGAAGGCAUCUUGCAGCAUGCCACUGCUUGGGAAGCUCUUCGAGCAGAUGCAGCCGAAAAGGCAGAAAUGACACUUGAACAAGUGAGGGAGCGUUUGCGAUCGGUACUGUCAUUGACUGAUGUCACUCGCUUUCCAACUCCUAAAAAUCCUCAAGCUGUCAUUUUUGUUGCUGCCACGGAUGAUGGCUAUAUACCUAAACACUCUGUCAUUGAACUCCAGCGAGCAUGGCCAGGCUCGGAGGUGAGAUGGGUAACCGGUGGGCAUGUCUCAUCCUUUCUCCUUCAUAACGAUGCAUUUCGCAAGGCAAUCAUCGAUUCACUUAACAGAUUAGAGUGGAAGGAGCCGUUUCUAUGACAAAUCAUCGGUAUAAUUUCCUCGUGCUUGCUAUUCCUCAUUGUUGUUUCUGUGUGUCUGUAGCAUGAACUAUAUAGCGUUGUAUCUCCGCUCCUUCAGACGUAAAGAAAGCAGGAGCUGUGAAAUCAAUGUGUUCACUGGAUGAAGCCAUGGGUUAAUUUGGUAUGCGUCAUUCUUUGAUUCAAGGAAAGAAGUUGUACAUGAAUUGUUGUUAAAAACAAUGGUUUUGUUCUGAAUAAUUGUGAAUUAUGUUGCUAGAGCAUAUCAUAUUUGGUCCUUGGUGGAUGGAUUA